CCAGAAACUCCAGUUCCCAGUAUGAACACCUUGUUGCUAUUUGUAAGUAGAGAAACAUCCAGCUUCCUCAUGCAGCCUCACUUACUGUUAGGAGGUCAAGGUGAGAGAACAGGUGUGGUGUCACAAUGCAUAAGAGCCAAAAGAACGCAGGCGGAAGUACAGUGUUCUACAGACCAGCUAUAAUUACAACAGAAAUAAGAUCCGGUUACCUUUACAAGUCUCCUCCUCCUAAACGGUUGAACACAGAGAAAUCAUGGAAGAAGCGGUAUUUUGUGCUGUUCAAAAUCAGUGAACAAGAACAUCACCUGAAGUACUUUAGGAGUCCAGAGGAAAAGGAGAGGCCGCUCGGAGGGAUAGACUUAUCACACAUCUCACUGUUGUACGUGAGCCCUCAAAACCACCCAAGAUGGGCAUGGGUCCAGAAGUGCUUAAAGUGCUCUCCAUCCUGCGUGCUCUACGUCAGGGCUGCUGACCGGGACUACUUUCUCGUCGGGGAUAACAGCGAGGAAGUGGACGGCUGGUUCGGUGACCUGUUUGACGCCCUGAAAAACCGGCCACAUAAAUUUAUAAAUUCAGAGGAAAUGACCAAUGGGCGGCCAAUAAUCGAGGUUAUUUCAAAACCCAUUGCGCGGAAAAAGAAUCCCAGUGCUGUGUCCGAUAAGCAAGACUUGAAAAUGCGCUCUUUUUCGGAUCCGUCCUCAAAUGCUCUGGAUAAUGACACUGAAAAACCAAAGGUUGAAGGUCAUUCCAGAAGACGGGCAUCAGAGCCUGUGAAUCCAAUCUAUGACUAUCCGAAAUCCUACAUCAUUCACACACAACUGGGGGGAAAUGGUGCGCCACGUCCCAAAAGCUUGGAUUCAAUAUAUGAAACGAUGCUUCAAGUAAAACAUAACGAAGAGGCGGUUCAGUCAAUGGACCAAGAGGUUGAGGAGGCUACCAGUGGCACCCUGAUGAGAUCUGUCACUCAGAUCUAUGACAAGAUGAAGAUCCAUGCUUCCCCACUCCCUGCGUUCGAUGAGGAGACCGCAUCUGAAAACAGAGAGGAAAGGCGUAUGACUUCAGACUUGAGCAGCAGCUCCAGUGACAACGGUGCCAUCUCUCCUGUAGAGAUGCUGGAGAGAACAAAUGUGCACACACUGGAUAAACAAAGCUCUACUGAAAGCCUCGACACCCUCACCUCAGAGGAGAGAGAAUUUGAGAUCAAGCAGGCAGAUCUGAAAAAACACCUGACAUUAACAGAAGUGGACGGGAAACCAAUCGUGUCUGGAUGGACAGGCCAACCGCAGUCAGUGUGCCUGUUUCACAAAGGAGACCAGAUUCUGGCAAUUAAUGACCUGCACACCAGCAGCGUGGAUGAGUUCAACAUGUACCUCAGCAAGUCUCUCAAGAAUGAGGUGAAAGUGACCAUCCUGCGUCUAUCUGGAUGCCCACCUCUGCAUUUGCCAAACAUCUACUGCAGCAACUGACUGCAAACUCAGAGACAAUACUUCCACUGUAUGUCUGGGUGUGUUUGAAUGACUCUCUGAACCACUUCCUUUCUGUGAAUGGUGGGUUUGUACCAUGAAUUUACCACUUUAGAUAACUGACAGUAUUUUCCCAUGGCUGUGGGCAGUACGUCUUGAUCUGUCACUCUACCUAAAUAUCUAGAAGAGCUUAAAGUGUUGGAAAAAGGAUAAAAAUGAAGGAUGUUUAAAUUAAUCUUGCACACAUUAUAUACACAAAAGAUCAAAAGCAUUUUAGUUGCCAAGCACUCUUUGUGCAAACAAUGACUUGCAGUUUUAACAGAGCAUGAUUCAUGAUAUUUUUAGUUCAUUGUGUACUGUGUUUACUGUAGAUAAGAUGUUGUAAGCAGAAGGAAACAAAAGGAAAAUGUUUUACCUAAACGUAUUUCCUCAUACUGCCUGUAUGAGGAUAAAUUGAAAUUGUGCAAGGCAUGUAGUGUAAAAAUUGUGAAAUACGCACAACGUUACUGUAUAUAGACCUACUAUUAAACAACUUUAUUUUUACACUAAACUAUACUAAUAAUCUAAAUGUUUCUACACUUUAAAACGCACAUAAGAUACUGUAGAACUAACAACAAAGAUUUCUGGUGGAGUUUUUCUCUGGAUCUAAUGUGAUUUCUGUAACAACCUUAUUUUUAAUAAUCAACUUUAAGAUGAUUAGAUGAUAGGUAGAAAGUGUUCCUAAGUGGUUUUAGGAAAACGAAGAUGAUGUUGGGCAUAAGACAGGACGCUCUGAAUCAACAUUUUUAAUUCCAAUGAAAAGAAUGAAAAGAUAUCCAAUGUUUCCAUAGAUAUUCAAACUCCAUUUCUGUCUUAGGACUUGAGCGAGAACUGAGUUGCACAACUAUUGUGAAUGUCAUCACUCAGCAAUGCUGAUUCAUUUCCAGCUAGCUCAGUGUGCGGGAUCUAUGAUGACAUUUCUUUGUAAGCUAUGCCUGUCUAAUGACGUCUUCUUGUCACAAAAGAUCACAAAAAGAAGGGUGCACUGUAUGUUAAAAUGUGUUUGGAUUCAUUAAAAGAAGGCAGACAUAGAUCUAAAUUUAAACUGUCCUUUUCUUAUUUAUAUCCAGAAGGCUUUGGCAGAAAUUAGGAGUAGAUGAAUAACAAAAAGAUUCACGAAGAGACGAGUAUUUAAAGUUGUCCACACCUCAGGGAAGUCUGGUGAAUUAAUAUGCCGACAGAAUGGUGUUACACCUCAGGCUGUUUCACUCAUUUCUCUCUGAUUUGAAGCAGAAAUGGUGACUCAUACACUACAUUGCUGAAAUGUAGUUUUAUUGUAACUUGGGAAGAAGGUUUUAAUCCAUUUAAAAUGAUGUCUGCUGACCAGUGCCACUCCCAAACAAAGACAAAAUGCUUUUUUUUAUUUUAUUUUGUCCACUGACCAAUGUCCAUAAAGGGCAAGGAAACGCGUGUCUCUAAUCUCUGAACAUCAAAUGAUAUCUGACAUUGUUAAUAUUCACACAAGUCCUUUUCCAACCACAUCAUAUCAGCCUUUCCGAGUUCUGACAAAGAAAUUAUUCAGGACAUCUAUUUUUUAAGGCCACUCUUCAACUGUGAUGCUCAAGCUGUGCUGUAUUGUAAAUACGCUCUAUUAUAUAUGAAUAUCUUUCACAAGGGUGCAGCAAAUGCAGGUUGUACUGAGACAAUGAAUCUGUGUUUAAAUUUGUGAAAUGAUUAUGAAUAAACUUUUUCCAGAUUGUUAAAACAAUGA